AUGGUUAGUAGCAGCCUUUGCCAAUAUGAUACACAUGAUCCUUGGUGUCUACACAUGAGUGUCUGCCUAAUCUCUAAAAAAUGUCACAUAGCCAACUUUCAUAGAUGGGAAUUCAUAAUUUUAUUUAAGUAUGAUUGGAAACAGAUAGUGAGAGCAAAGGCUUUUCGCUGGCCCAUGCUGUUUUAUUUUUGCAACUGGUAUUUUUUACUAUUUUCUCUCAUCGGAGUGUUUGACAUCUAUUUUUUCCCUAUUAACUGUCAAGUCUUGUACAUUUUCAAUCAGGUAUCUCCACUUUAUGAUUCUUCAACUGUGCUAAAGGCUCAAAAUAGGUCUUUGGAAAUGCAUCUAUUUGCCAUAUGGGGUUUCCAUCACCAAAUUGUCAUACCAAUCUCCAUUCUUAUCCUGGCUCACUGGUCCCUUCUACUUCACAGCAUGAUAGUCUUUAUAUUAACUGGGAACUUGCACCAUAGCAACAAGAUGCUAGCAGCCACUUUUAUCUACACCCUGAGUUUUGACUUCCUGAUCUUGCUGUUAACUGGAUGUAAACUACACAUGAAAGUACCAGGAAAUAUACAACACUCAGAGAUUAUCCAGCUGGUUUUCAUAGAUGGAUUGAUCUUCUUGGUCACUUUUGUUGUCAAUGUAAUUGCUGUGAUAAGUGUUUUCAUGCUCUUAAAUCUCAAUGCUGUGAUGUCCAUCAUUGCCAGUGUCCUGGUGGCUACACUGUCCAUGGUAUGUGCUAAAUAUAUGCAUCCAAGCCUCAGUUCCAGAUUGAAAUUAUGGCCUAGAUUGUCACUUGUUGAGCAGUGCACUGUCUGA